AUGUACGUCAGCACUCUGCGGGGGAGUUCCGCCACGCCCUUGCCUUUCCGGGAGCAGAAGGUGUUGCAAGAGCUUUUUCCGCUCGCGGACGGCCACACAGAUUUCUGCCACACCCCGCAUGUCACGUGCGCGGAGGGCCACGUGAUCCGGCUGGAGUGCUCCAGAUGCGGUUGGCAGCGGCUACCGCAGGCGAUCGGAGACUUGAGGUCUUUGGCGAAACUCCAAUUGGACGGCAACAACUUGAGUUCAUUGCCUGAGUCCUUGGGCCACUUGCUGAACUUGCGGCAUUUGGACUUGCGCGGCAACCAGUUAAGCGCUUUGCCGGAGUCUGCGGGCAGCUUGCAGAGCUUACAGUAUUUGUGCUUGAGCGGGAACAAGAUCACCGCUUUGCCAGACUCCUUGGGCAAUUUGCAGCACUUACAGCAGCUUCGAUUGAUCAACAACACCAUCAGUGUUUUGCCAGAUUCCUUGGGCAAGCUACAGCAUUUACAGGAUCUCUACUUGGGCUUCAACGAACUCAGCUCUUUGCCUGAGUCCUUGUGCAACUUGAAAAGCUUAAAGUAUUUGUACUUGAAGAACAACAAGCUAACCUCUUUGCCGGAGUCGUUGGGCAGCUUGGAGAGCCUCAGGUGGUUGGACCUCAGCAAUAACAUGAUCAGCGUUUUGCCAGAGUCCGUGGGCAACCUGCAGCAGUUGCAGCUUUUUGGCGCUAUAAACAACACCUUGAGCUCUUUGCCAGAGUCUUUGGGCAACUUGCAAAGCUGGUAUAUGUUCUUCAACAACAACAAGAUCAGCCUUGUGCCUGAGUCCUUGGGCCAGGUGCGAAGCUUGGUGAACCUUGAUUUGAGCAACAACAUCUUGAGCUGGCUGCCAGAGUCUUUGGGUAACUUGCAGAGAUUGCAGGACCUCCGCUUGAGCAACAACCUUUUGAGCUCGCUCCCGGCUUCCAUUGGCCACUUGCAGAGCUUAAAGCAACUGCGUUUGAGCCACAACCGCUUGAGCUUCUUGCCCGAGUCCGUGUGCAACCUGCAAACCUUGCAGCAACUGCAUUUGAGCAGUAACAACUUGAGCUCCCUGCCAGAGUCCUUGGGCAACUUGCAGAGCUUGAAGCAACUCGACUUACAAAACAACCAAUUGGAAGCCUUUCCAGCGUCCUUUGGCCCGUCUUCUCGGCUGGAGAAGCUCGAUCUGGCAAGCAACAAGUUAAGCUCGUUGCCGGACUCUGUUGGCCACCUGAGAAACUUGAGGUACCUCCAUUUGCAACACAACACCCUUACGUCAUUCUUCAACACGUCCGAGAGGAAUCUUCAGCUGAAAGUGUUGCUGUUGAAUCACAACAAGAUCAAUAUGGAGCUUUCAGCCUUCUGUGGCCUCAACUAUAUCACCACACUGUAUUUGCACCACAACAAGCUCCGAUGCCAGAUUCCAGCCUCUAUCGCGCAGUUAGAGGCCAUCAAAGUGCUGACACUGCACAAGAAUGCUUUGACGGGAAGCAUUCCUCCGGAAUUAGCGUCGUUGCCAUCCUUGAAACUUCUCACUUUGCACGAGAACCGUCUCACCGGGGAAAUUCCAUCCACAUUUGGCACCUCACCGCAGCUGUUGUUUCUCUCGGCCUUCGCCAACGACUUGGAGGGCCCCAUUCCGGACAUGAAACUGCGCAGUGGCUGCGUGGACGAUGCAUCCUUCCGAUUUGAAGCCUUAGUCAAGCAUUCAUCCUUUUGCAUGACAAUUAGUUGUGAUCAGCAGGUGGAUCUUGAGGACUUUCAGCUCACAAGCAAAGAGCGGCGGGAAAUCUUGGACGCUUGUUCCAAUUUGUAUGGACGUUGCAGUGGGGCACCUUCAAGGGGUCCAACCCUGUUGUUGCAGAGCAACCGUCUCUCGUGCCCUUUGCCAUCCGACGUGUCCGAGGACACAUCGAACGCAAACGCGUCCUCGAGUCUGCCACUGCGGUCAUUGGUGAUUGCAGGAAACAUGCUCGGGAGCGACUGGGCGGACCUGCCUUGGUGGCUUUCCGACUCGGAAAAGCAGCCCUUCCUUUACAUCUCUCCUUUCAAAGUGUUUGGCAUCCGGACGUCAAGCAUCCAAAGGCUUGUUGUUGGAUCCCUAUGUUUUGUUACUCUUUACUGUGUCAGCUUGAGAACGAUGACCUCAUGGAAGGAUCACCUGCACAAAUUCUUUGAUCAUCAGGAUGACCAUACGCAACUCACCCAUGUGUUCCUGAUCCAGAGGACGCUUUGGGGAGGGCCUAUUGUGCUGAUGCUGCUUCUUUGCUACGUUUGGCAGGGCUCUUACUACCAGUGUGGCCAUCCAUUUCUCAAAACCACCCUUGCCUACUUUGAGAGCAAGGGCUCUCUCAGUGGAGGGGGUCGCUUAGCAGAGCUUGGUCUAGCCGGCCUUUGGGCCAUUUGGGUGGGCAGCUGCCUUUACUUGGUGGAAUUGGUUCCGAAACCGCCCAGGGCCAAAGCAGUAAGAGUUGAGAGGCCUUCUGGAAGCAUCUUCAACAAAGUGAUGUGGUGGUUCUCUUGGAUGGUGAUUGUGGUAUGUUUGUCAUCGCCAUCCUUGGGCUACGCCUUUGUGCAAUCGCUGCCCAAACGGAACAAACUACAGGUCGUCAACACCUAUUUUUUGAAAGCUGUGCACUAUGGAGCUGCCCUCGUUAUGCUCUUAAUCGACAUGCUGAUCACCCCGAGAUUGGCCAUGCGUAUGUCCCAGCGCUCCCAAAUUCGACGCUCCAUGCUCUUGAUGGCUGCACGAACAUGCACCAUGUGGCUCAAUGCCACUCUUUGCGCCAUCUACAUGAGUGAACACUGCAUGCGCGGAUGGACCACGUUCUGGACCAUGUGCAGUCCGCAGUCAGAUCUCUAUCACACCUUCAAGGUUAGCCUUGGAAGUCAUGAGCUGUUGGAUCCCAUCAAAGACUUGUGUGUCCAGAACAAGAACUGGUGGAAGACAGAGGCGUGCCCCCGCUCCGUGGUGGACACCCUGGCGCCUUUGUUUGUGGCGAAACUCCUUCAGCGUGCCUUUCUGCAGCCCGUCAUCACUUUGUUGCUUUGGAAAUGGUCGAAGGAGGUGAAUGGCGAACUUCAUGUAUUUCCUUUGGCAUGCCUAGGCUUGAAGCGCUGGAAGCUGGUCGCAAGCCGAAGCUUGGAUCGAGCGCAGCAAGCGUCGUUCCUGGUGACGCUGGCAGAAGUCAUGAUCAUUUGGAGCCCUUUGGUGCCGCUCCUACUUCCAGUGGCAUGCUUGGCCGCGAUGACCAACCUCCUCUCAUUUCGCAUUGGCCCUCGUGAAUUCCGUGCCGUUCUGCCAACUUUGGAAGCCGGAGAGACGGCCAGCAUGUCUAAGAAGUACAUACGGGCCAGCAUUGGCAUUCUGCUGAUUUUUCAGAUGUGGUUUGCUUUCACCUCGGGCUUGUGUGGCACCUCGUUGAUCGUGCUGGCUGCGGUGGUCUUUCUGUGUGAAGUCCUGGGGUUACGUAGCCGGUGCCGGCGAAUGCGGGAACAAAGGAGCGGAGAUAGAGGACUGGUAGAAGGACUUGAGAUGGUGGAGCGUUGA